GGCAUUGGUGCCUAUAUAAAGCCCGCAACAUAUUUCCUCAUUCACCAAGCUCGUCUCAACCCUAAAGGAACCAGAAUGACUUCUCCAAGUUGGCUUUGCUUUCUUUAUCUUUUCCUCCAGUUGAUCUUUCCAGCUUUGUCAUCUUCAAACUUGCUAUUUCAGGGGUUCAACUGGGAGUCAUGUAAGAAGGCUGGAGGAUGGUAUAACUCUCUCAAGAACUUCAUCCCUGAUAUUGCCAACGCUGGGGUCACUCACGUCUGGCUUCCUCCACCUUCCCAGUCAGUUGGACCCCAAGGAUAUCUUCCAGGAAGGCUAUAUGAUCUCGAUGCAUCAAAGUAUGGAUCUCAGGCUGAGUUGAAGUCACUAAUUCAAGCCUUCCAUCAAAAGGGAGUCAAAUGUUUAGCUGACAUAGUGAUAAACCAUAGAACAGCUGAGAGGAAAGAUGGGAGAGGAAUAUAUUGCAUUUUCGAAGGUGGAACUCCGGAUGAUCGAUUAGACUGGGGGCCAUCUUUCAUUUGUGGCAAUGACAAGGACUAUUCGGAUGGCACGGGCAACCCCGACACUGGACUUGAUUAUCAACCAGCUCCUGACAUCGACCAUCUCAACCCAAAGGUACAGAAAGAGUUAUCUGAUUGGAUGAAUUGGUUAAAGACUGAAAUCGGGUUCAAUGGAUGGAGGUUUGAUUUUGUGAGAGGGUAUGCCCCGAGCAUUACGAAAAUCUAUAUGGAACGAACAUCACCGGAUUUGGCUGUUGGGGAGAAAUGGGAUGAUCUUUCCUUGGGGCAGGGUGGUCAAGAUGCACAUCGUGGAGCAUUAAAAGACUGGGUUGAAGCUGCUGGUGGGGUUGUCAAAGCAUUUGAUUUCACCACGAAAGGGGUUCUCAAUGCUGCAGUGCAAGGGGAGUUAUGGAGGUUGAAGGAUUCAAAUGGGAAGUGUCCUGGAAUGAUUGGAAUUUUGCCUCAAAAUGCAGUGACUUUCAUUGAUAAUCAUGACACAGGUUCUACUCAGAGGCUUUGGCCUUUCCCAUCCGAAAAAGUCAUGCAGGGCUAUGCUUACAUCCUCACCCAUCCCGGCACUCCAUCAAUAUUCUAUGAUCACUUUGUUGAUUGGGGAUUAAAGGACGAGAUUACUAAACUGUCAGCAAUAAGGAGGAAUAAUGGGAUCAGUGAAACAAGUAAAGUGAAUAUUAUAGCCUCUGAUUCUGAUCUGUAUGUGGCUGCAAUUGACGACAAAAUCCUUACCAAAAUUGGCCCAAAGAUGGACCUCGGUAGUCUUGUACCUUCCAACUAUCAGCUUGCUACCUCAGGGAAAGACUAUGCCGUGUGGGUAAACAAGUGAGACAGUCCACACAUUUCCAUGUUGAAUUUCAUGUACUAAACUUGUUAAGAGUUCUGUUUGUAUGAAUAUUGUGAGUACAAUAAAUAUCUAUCCAUCAUGAAGAUUAUUUUAGUA